AUGCUGACUUGUAGUGUUUAUCUGCUUGUAGCUAAUGCUGACACUGUCAACACUCAACUCGAGAAUGCUGGCACGGCGGGUGUACGACUGGAUGAUAAUGCUGACGUUGACAACUCAUCACUCGAGAAUGCUGACACGGCUGGUGUAAGAGUUGGUUCUUAUGUUGACAUUGCCUCCGAUGAUCAUGACGAAGUUUCGAUGAUUGGGUCUGAAGAUGAUGCGUACAACCCUGACGACGACGAUGAUCUUGGUGACGAUGAUAGUGCCAGUAACGAAGAGACGAAAGAUGAUGAUGUGCUCCAAGUUUCAAGUCGAGGGAGCCGAACGGAUCACGAACGCGGACCUGAUAGUGACGACUCCCGUAAGCUUUUGCAGGACACCGGAAAUAGUUCGACGCUUCGAUUCGAUUAUGUUGAUGCUCUGGACCCCAAUAUUGUUGGUGCCAACGGCACCACUUAUUUGGACACGGAUGGUGAAGGUGAUGACGACUCGGUUGAAGCGGCAGGUGUUUCCGGCGAGGACAAAGAUAGUGAUGCGACUGAUACUGAGAAAAAUGAGACUGCCAGCUUUCGAAGAGAGACAAAUCGUGUCAUCAACCGGAUGUCUGCUGCUCAACGUGAACGCUUGCACAUGAGUAUUGAAGCGUCAUCUGAAGUCUUCAAUGAUGAACAGCUGGACCAAAUGAAGCAAGACGGCUGGAAUGUACUUCCAAAGAAUGUCAAGGCAGAUAUCGUCGAUGACCCAGUCAUAGACAAGAUGUACGAUGGAUAUUGCGGCCCAUCACGAGAUGUUAUGCCGGCAUCGAAGUCUCCACUCAAGCUAUUUUACUACUUUCUGCCAAAGACAUUUUGGCGUCAAGUGGCUACGCAGACCAACCUUUACUGGAGGCAAACGCUAGACGCAAGACUUGAGAAGGUAGAGGAGAUAGAGCGUACUGCUACGCAUCGGACACAACGAACUAGGGCUACAUUACUCAGGAACCUACAGAAAUUUCAACAGGUUUCACCCCAUGAAGUUGUGCAAUGGGUUGGUUUGAUGCUUGCUCACACACUGAGCCCCACCAAGAGCAUGGAAAUGCAUUGGUGCUCGAAAGAAAUUGGGGUUAUACCUGGUGGCACCUUCACCAAAGUGAUGCGUCGAGACCGCUUCCGUGAGAUCUCGCGGUCAAUUCUAUCGGUGCUGGAGAAGACCUUCAAAGAGGCUUAUGCUCUUGGCUCACGCGUUUCGAUUGACGAAGGUGUUCUUCCUUCUCAUAACCGCCGCAACCCGACAAGGACCUUCAUGAAAGACAAACCACACAGGUGGGGUUCUAAGUGUGUCAUGACUUGCUGCGCGGAGACGGGUUACUGCAAGAGAGUUGAGAUGGACAUUGGUAGGUCUGGUGAUAUUGAAGGCUCGCAAUCAAUGGACACUAAGAAUGGCCUCACUGCAGUCGUUCGAAACAUUGCGUGCGUAUUCCGGGGACUUCCAUACGAAGGUCGGCGACUCGUAGUUGGAGACCGCUACUACUCUUCAAUACCACUUGCUCAGCAGCUUCGCACGAUGGGGUUCAAUUACGUCGGCACCAUGCAGACUGACCGCAAAGGCUGGUGUGACCAGCUGAACUACCCUCAUAAAAAGCGUCGAGCAGGUACUCCACGAGGCACGUUCCAAAUGGCAGUGGCAAAGUCCAACCCAGGACUUGUGUCCUUGAUGUGGGCAGACAAUACUAUCGUGUAUUUCCUGGCGUCACAUGUAAUCGCCGAGCCAACGACUGUGCGAAGACGCGAGAGAAGUGGGCCGCCUAGUAAUGUACCUUGCCCAGGAGUCGUAGCUGAGUACCAACGCUACAUGGGAGGGGUGGAUCGUCAUGAUCAAUUGCGACUUCAAGCGUAUUCGAUCCAAAUGGCUAUCAGAUUCAAUAAAUACUACAAGGGCCUCUUUUUAGGUUUGGUAGAUAUGGCGUUGGUGAAUGCGUACAUUCUGCACAGACAUAUCUGGGAGAAGACGAAGAAACGAAGGAACUCACACUUCGAGUUUCUUGCAGCACUACACAAAGCUCUGAUUGAGGAGACAGAGGACAGCUUCACCCAGACAAGAACGUCUUCGGGAGGUCAUGAUGUAACUGAAAGGUCGAGGCCUGUGCAAGGCGAGCAUACGCUAACUCAGACAUCCGAUGUUCGGAUGAAUGGUGGCGUCCAGCGUUUGAGACAGAGGCAAUGCAAGGUGUGCUCGUACUACAAGCCUGAAGGGAAAAAACGUGGGGGCACGUCGACAUUUUAUUGCGAACCGUGUUCACAAGGAAAGCGCGGUUUGAUCACCUUGUGCAAUAAGGUGCGGGGGUAUGAGAAGAACGAAGGUCUCACGUGCUCUCAAAUUUGGCACUUGGCUUGGAAAAAUGGUGAGUUUGCCCCCAAAGCAGCUCACAUUCGAGACAGAGCAUUAGCAGCAGAGUAA